ACCAAAACGCAACCAUAGAAGUCAAAGUCGUUACUGUUUACGGCAAGAUCUAGUAGACACAAGCAAACACGGUCCUGACUCGGGAACAUGGCGCGGUUGAAAUUGGCAGCUAUCAUCUUGUGCUUGAUUAUUGCUAAGUCGGAGGGUCUUUGGAAAGAUGGAGGUGAUGAUCGUACCUACGGCAAUAUGGGCUACUACACAAAGAACAUGACGUGUGAUGACGAUGGAAGCACCUGCGAACAAUGCUUUGUAGCACGCGCCCGAGGAAAAAUCUUCUUGCACACGGUUGAGUAUACGGCUAACCCGUAUACGCUCCAACUCACCCAGCUGGAGGGAGAUGAUGAAUGGCGGUUGAAUUUCGCUCAAGAGGAUGCGUCAGAAUCGUUCCGUUUGUGCACCGCCACCGACUACCGAGGGCGGGAGCUUGGCACAGAGCAGCAUCUCUCCGUUUGCUUGGAGAACUUCUCUACUGGUUAUGUCGCACCGGCCGGUUGCACCAAACCCGUUGCUUUGGUUACGUUGGCUGACAGAUUCUCCAACUUAAGAAUGAGCGGGCAGCAAGUUAUGUACUGUGCCUCCUAGAGCGCCGAAAGGCUUCAUAAAAUCUUUUGCGUGCCAUUCAAAAGGUAUCUUGAGUUUAAGUUAUGGUGGCGGUAGUGAAUUUUGACCAAUUCAAAAGUAUAACAUAAUAAGUUGGUGGGCUAUAAUUCAUGGAAAAAUAACUGGCUUAUGUUAUUUACAUCCAGUCUUGAAAUCCUGGGUAUCUUAUUUUCAGUGACAUCUCGUGGAAGAUCACAUAACAUUUGCAAAGAAUGCUGCUGUCACUUUUUAUCAAUCAGUGGUUAAUAUUCAGAAAUUGUAAUGUUGAAAUGGUGUACUGGUUUAGUGUGAAUUAGUGUUUAGUAUAAUAAAACCCCAACAAUCUGUUUCUUUGUUUUAGUUCAAUUUAUAUCUCUUAUAUAUGCCUAAUCACAUGCAGAAUGACAUUAUCUAAUGUUUAAUUCCUAUCUUUUCUUCGAUUCGACAAGCAAUUUGACGCAACACGAAUGCGCUUUGAGGAAGAUUAGCCACCUUAAUAUUUUGAAGUAUUUUUUUUAAUAUGGAAAAGAAGACAAGCUUGAGUGACUACAUGGUAAAUGCAAUGGAAUGGGGAAUUAUAAAGUUUCCGCAUAUUUUCAAACUUUUACCAUAGACAAUUAAAUUCUCUAAUCUUCAUGAGUUUUCACGUCAUACUUUUAUUUUUGUCUUCACAAAUUCAUACAUUAACCAUAUUUUUUUUCUGAAAACAAAAUUCAAUGUCCCCGUCUGCAAUUGCUGAACAUACGAUGGAGAUGGCCUACGCCUUAACUUAUGACUAAAAAGUAUGCAUAACCAUUUCCAUAUCUGAAUCAAAUGACUGUCAAAUUUGCGCGUACCACUCUUCUCAAAAGUCAGAGUUUACCGUUUAUAAAUUUGAAAAGAAGUUGAAAGUAUGCGGAAAAAUCUAUAAUUACAUGAAAAAAACCAUGGGGCGAAUUAUAUUUUACGAAGGUGUCAUUUCAGUGGGUUUAACCAGAUUUUAAGUUAAUCAGGUCGAGAGGAAAAUUGUAAACUUUAUUGCAGUCAAGAGAAUGAGGCACCGUUAAGUUGCAAUAAAAAAGGCACGCUAUUCCAUUAAA